CCGGGGGCGUGGGGCCUUCUGCGUUUGGAGGAGGGAGUGCGACCUGGAGAGGGACGCGGUGGUCCGGUCCUCAUCCCGUGGGGUUGACAGGCGCCCUCCCUUCGGUCCCGCUGGGCCUUUUCCUGCCUCGGGGCCGAGGAGCGGGCUUCCGGGGGCUGUGCUGGCGGGACGGCUGUGGGUGUCCUCCAUGGGGCGGUGCUGGGGUCUGGGAGAGCGGCCCGAGGGGCUUGGUGGUGUCAGGGUGUCCCCAUCGCUUGGGGCAGAACUUCUCAAGGGUUAUUGGUGUGUCUGUUGGGAAAGGCAGGAAACUGCUCCUGAGGCAGUGAAAUUAGGUAUAUACCAGGAGGACGAGUAAAAGCGAUUUCCCCAGGUUCUCUGGAGACUUUUGUGAGGACUUUUAAAAUAGAGCCUGAAGUUUCCCUCUGUUUUCCAGUGUGAAGUGGCACUUCUCAAAGUAUUGGCAACAGCCUCUUCCCGGCUCACCGAGAGUGGGUGGACUCAUGGACCUGAUACUUUUCUCUUGAGAAAUAAACUAGAUCAAAAGAAAAAUGGCAUUUGUUGCAACACAAGGGGCCACAGUGGUUGACCAAACCACUCUGAUGAAAAAAUAUCUUCAGUUUGUCGCAGCUCUCACAGAUGUAAAUACCCCUGAUGAAACAAAGUUAAAAAUGAUGCAAGAAGUUAGCGAAAAUUUUGAGAAUGUAACAUCAUCUCCUCAAUAUUCUACAUUCCUGGAACAUAUCAUCCCUCGCUUUCUUACAUUUCUUCAAGAUGGAGAAGUUCAGUUUCUUCAGGAGAAACCAGCCCAGCAAUUGCGGAAACUAGUUCUUGAAAUCAUUCAUAGAAUACCAACCAAUGAACAUCUUCGUCCUCAUACCAAAAAUGUUCUGUCUGUGAUGUUUCGCUUUUUAGAGACGGAAAAUGAAGAAAACGUCCUUAUUUGUCUAAGAAUAAUUAUUGAGCUACACAAACAAUUCAGGCCGCCCAUCACACAAGAAAUUCAUCAUUUUUUGGAUUUUGUGAAACAGAUUUAUAAGGAGCUUCCAAAAGUAGUGAACCGCUACUUUGAGAACCCUCAGGUGAUCCCUGAGAACACAGUCCCUCCCCCAGAAAUGGUUGGUAUGAUUACAGCAAUUGCUGUGAAGGUCAAUCCUGAGCGUGAGGACAGUGAGACGAGAACACAUUCCAUCAUUCCAAGAGGAUCUCUUUCUCUGAAAGUAUUGGCAGAAUUGCCAAUUAUUGUUGUUUUAAUGUAUCAGCUCUACAAACUGAAUAUCCACAAUGUUGUUGCUGAAUUUGUGCCCCUGAUCAUGAAUACCAUUGCAAUUCAGGUGUCUGCACAAGCCAGGCAACAUAAGCUUUACAACAAGGAGUUGUAUGCUGAUUUCAUUGCUGCUCAGAUUAAAACAUUGUCGUUUUUAGCUUAUAUCAUCAGAAUUUACCAGGAGUUGGUGACUAAGUACUCUCAGCAAAUGGUAAAAGGAAUGUUACAGUUGCUUUCAAAUUGCCCAGCAGAGACUGCACACCUCAGAAAGGAGCUUCUAAUUGCUGCAAAGCACAUCCUCACGACAGAGCUAAGAAACCAGUUCAUCCCUUGCAUGGACAAGCUGUUUGAUGAAUCCAUACUAAUUGGUUCAGGAUAUACUGCUCGAGAGACGCUCAGGCCCCUCGCCUACAGCACUCUGGCUGACCUCGUGCACCACGUUCGUCAGCAUCUGCCCCUCAGUGACCUCUCCCUCGCUGUCCAACUCUUUGCCAAGAACAUUGAUGACGAGUCCCUGCCCAGCAGCAUCCAGACCAUGUCCUGCAAGCUCCUGCUGAACCUGGUGGACUGCAUCCGCUCCAAGAGCGAACAGGAGAGCGGCAACGGGAGAGAUGUCCUGAUGCGGAUGCUGGAGGUUUUUGUUCUCAAAUUCCACACCAUUGCUCGCUACCAGCUCUCUGCCAUUUUUAAGAAGUGCAAGCCUCAGUCAGAACUCGGAGCCGUGGAAGCAGCUCUGCCGGGAGUGCCCGCUGCCCCCACAGCUCCGGGCCCUGCCCCAUCCCCAGCCCCUGUUCCCACCCCAGCCCCAGCCCCACCUCCUCCCCCUCCCCCUGCCACCCCUGUGACCCCAGCCCCUAUGCCUUCCUUUGAGAAGCAAGGAGAAAAGGACAAGGAGGACAAGCAGACAUUUCAAGUCACAGAUUGUCGAAGUUUGGUAAAAACCUUGGUCUGUGGUGUCAAGACAAUCACGUGGGGCAUAACGUCAUGUAAAGCGCCUGGUGAAGCUCAGUUCAUCCCUAACAAGCAGUUACAGCCCAAAGAAACUCAGAUUUACAUAAAACUUGUGAAAUAUGCAAUGCAGGCUUUAGAUAUUUAUCAGGUCCAGAUAGCAGGAAAUGGACAAACAUACAUUCGAGUAGCAAAUUGCCAGACUGUUAGAAUGAAGGAAGAGAAGGAGGUAUUGGAACACUUUGCUGGUGUGUUCACAAUGAUGAAUCCCUUAACAUUUAAAGAAAUCUUUCAAACUACAGUCCCUUAUAUGGUGGAAAGAAUCUCAAAGAAUUAUGCUCUUCAGAUUGUUGCCAAUUCCUUCUUGGCAAAUCCUACUACCUCUGCUCUGUUUGCUACAAUUCUGGUGGAAUAUCUCCUUGAUCGCCUGCCAGAAAUGGGCUCCAACGUGGAGCUCUCCAACCUGUACCUCAAGCUGUUUAAAUUGGUCUUUGGCUCAGUCUCCCUCUUUGCAGCUGAAAAUGAACAAAUGCUAAAGCCCCACCUGCACAAGAUUGUGAACAGCUCCAUGGAGCUCGCACAGACUGCCAAAGAGCCCUAUAACUACUUCCUGCUGCUUCGGGCCCUGUUCCGCUCUAUUGGGGGCGGUAGCCAUGAUCUCCUGUAUCAGGAAUUUUUGCCUCUUCUUCCAAACCUCUUGCAAGGGCUGAACAUGUUGCAGAGCGGCCUGCAUAAGCAGCACAUGAAGGAUCUCUUCGUGGAGCUGUGUCUCACGGUGCCUGUACGGCUGAGCUCUCUCUUGCCGUAUUUGCCCAUGUUAAUGGAUCCCUUGGUGUCUGCUCUCAAUGGCUCUCAGACGUUGGUCAGCCAAGGCCUGAGGACUCUGGAGUUGUGUGUGGACAACCUGCAGCCCGAUUUCCUGUAUGACCACAUUCAGCCAGUACGCGCAGAGCUCAUGCAGGCUUUAUGGCGUACUUUACGCAAUCCUGCUGAUAGCAUUUCUCAUGUAGCCUAUCGUGUACUUGGUAAAUUUGGUGGCAGUAACAGGAAGAUGUUAAAGGAAUCCCAGAAGCUGCACUAUGUUUUGACUGAAGUUCAAGGCCCCAGUAUUACAGUGGAGUUCUCCGAUUGUAAAGCAUCUCUUCAGCUUCCAAUGGAGAAGGCCAUUGAAACCGCUCUGGACUGCCUGAAAAGUGCCAACACUGAGCCCUACUACCGGAGGCAGGCGUGGGAAGUGAUCAAGUGCUUCCUGGUGGCAAUGAUGAGUCUAGAGGACAAUAAACAUGCUCUCUACCAGCUGCUUGCACACCCUAACUUUACAGAAAAGACCAUACCUAAUGUCAUCAUAUCACAUCGCUACAAAGCACAAGAUACUCCAGCUCGGAAGACAUUUGAGCAGGCUUUGACUGGGGCAUUCAUGUCUGCAGUCAUUAAAGAUCUUCGGCCCAGCGCCCUGCCCUUUGUAGCCAGCCUGAUCCGCCACUACACAAUGGUGGCAGUUGCCCAGCAGUGUGGUCCUUUCUUGCUGCCUUGCUACCAGGUGGGCAGCCAGCCCAGCACAGCCAUGUUUCAUAGUGAAGAAAACGGGUCGAAAGGAAUGGAUCCAUUGGUUCUCAUUGAUGCCAUAGCUAUAUGUAUGGCAUAUGAAGAAAAGGAACUUUGCAAGAUUGGAGAGGUGGCUCUUGCUGUGAUAUUUGAUGUUGCAAGUAUCAUCCUGGGCUCAAAGGAGAGGGCAUGCCAGCUGCCUCUGUUUUCUUACAUUGUGGAGCGCUUGUGUGCGUGUUGUUAUGAGCAGGCCUGGUAUGCAAAGUUGGGGGGUGUGGUGUCCAUUAAGUUUCUCAUGGAGCGGCUGCCUCUCACUUGGGUUUUGCAGAACCAGCAGACAUUCCUCAAAGCGCUUCUCUUUGUCAUGAUGGACUUAACUGGAGAGGUUUCCAAUGGGGCCGUUGCCAUGGCCAAAACCACCCUGGAGCAGCUUCUGAUGAGGUGUGCGACACCUUUAAAAGAUGUAAAAGAUGAGGAGAAAGCGGAAGAGAUUGCGGCAGCUCAGGAAAAGUCUUUUCACCACGUGACACACGACUUGGUUCGAGAAGUCACCUCUCCAAAUUCCACUGUGAGGAAACAGGCUAUGCAUUCACUGCAAGUUUUGGCCCAGGUCACUGGAAAAAGUGUGACAGUGAUAAUGGAACCCCAUAAAGAGGUCCUCCAGGAUAUGGUCCCACCUAAGAAGCAUUUGCUCAGACACCAGCCUGCCAAUGCACAGAUCGGCCUGAUGGAGGGGAACACGUUCUGUACCACAUUGCAGCCCAGGCUCUUCACAAUGGAUCUUAACGUGGUGGAGCAUAAGGUGUUCUACACAGAGCUUUUGAAUUUGUGUGAGGCUGAAGAUUCAGCUUUAACAAAGCUGCCCUGUUACAAAAGUCUUCCAUCACUCGUGCCUUUGAGAAUUGCAGCACUAAAUGCACUUGCUGCCUGCAAUUACCUUCCUCAGUCCAGAGAGAAGAUCAUUGCUGCACUCUUCAAAGCACUUAAUUCCACAAAUAGUGAGCUCCAGGAGGCUGGAGAAGCCUGCAUGCGAAAGUUUUUAGAAGGUGCUACCAUAGAAGUAGAUCAAAUCCACACACAUAUGCGACCUUUGUUGAUGAUGCUGGGGGAUUAUCGAAGUUUGACGCUGAAUGUUGUGAAUCGUCUGACUUCGGUUACCAGGCUCUUCCCAAACUCCUUCAAUGAUAAAUUCUGUGAUCAGAUGAUGCAACAUCUGCGGAAGUGGAUGGAAGUGGUGGUCCUCACCCAUAAAGGGGGCCAGAGGAGCGACGGAAACGAAAUGAAAAUUUGUUCAGCAAUUAUAAACCUUUUUCAUCUGAUCCCAGCUGCACCUCAAACUCUGGUCAAGCCUUUGUUAGAGGUUGUGAUGAAAACAGAACGGGCUAUGUUGAUUGAGGCUGGCAGUCCCUUCAGAGAGCCUCUGAUCAAGUUCCUGACUCGGCACCCUUCCCAGACAGUGGAGCUGUUCAUGAUGGAGGCAACAUUGAAUGAUCCUCAGUGGAGCAGAAUGUUUAUGAGUUUUUUAAAACACAAAGAUGCCAGACCUCUGCGAGAUGUGCUGGCUGCUAACCCCAACAGGUUCAUCACUCUGCUGCUGCCCGGCGGCGCUCAGACGGCCAUGCGCCCUGGCUCGCCCAGCACCAGCACAAUGCGCCUGGACCUUCAGUUUCAGGCCAUCAAGAUCAUAAGUAUUAUAGUUAAAAACAAUGACUCCUGGCUGGCCAAUCAGCAUUCUCUGGUGAGCCAGCUGAGACGCGUGUGGAUCAGUGAAACCUUUCAAGAAAGACACCGGAAGGAGAACAUGGCUGCCACAAACUGGAAGGAGCCCAAGCUGCUGGCCUAUUGUCUGCUGAAUUAUUGCAAAAGGAAUUAUGGAGACAUAGAAUUGCUGUUCCAGCUGCUCCGAGCCUUUACUGGUCGUUUUCUCUGCAACAUGACAUUCUUAAAAGAGUAUAUGGAGGAAGAGAUUCCCAAAAAUUAUAGCAUUGCUCAAAAACGUGCCCUGUUUUUUCACUUUGUGGAUUUCAGUGACCCCAACUUUGGAGAUGAACUGAAAGCCAAGGUUCUGCAGCAUAUCUUGAAUCCUGCUUUCUUAUACAGCUUUGAGAAGGGGGAAGGAGAGCAGCUCUUAGGACCUCCCAAUCCGGAAGGCGAUAACCCAGAAAGCAUCACCAGUGUGUUUAUAACCAAGGUCCUGGACCCAGAGAAGCAGGCGGACAUGCUGGACUCCCUGAGGAUUUACCUCCUGCAGUAUGCCACGCUGCUGGUGGAGCACGCCCCCCACCACAUCCACGACAACAACAAGAACCGCAACAGCAAGCUGCGCCGCCUGAUGACCUUCGCCUGGCCCUGCCUGCUCUCCAAGGCCUGUGUAGACCCAGCUUGCAAAUACAGUGGGCACUUACUUCUGGCACACAUUAUCGCCAAGUUUGCAAUACAUAAGAAAAUUGUCCUGCAGGUUUUUCACAGUCUUCUCAAGGCCCAUGCAAUGGAAGCUCGAGCAAUUGUCAGACAAGCGAUGGCCAUUUUGACGCCGGCAGUGCCAGCCAGAAUGGAGGAUGGGCACCAGAUGCUGACCCACUGGACAAGGAAGAUCAUUGUGGAGGAGGGGCACACAGUUCCUCAGCUGGUUCAUAUUUUGCACUUGAUAGUGCAGCAUUUUAAGGUGUACUACCCCGUGCGGCACCACUUGGUACAGCACAUGGUCAGUGCCAUGCAGAGGUUGGGCUUCACACCCAGUGUCACCAUUGAGCAGAGAAGGCUGGCUGUGGACCUGUCGGAGGUUGUCAUCAAGUGGGAGCUCCAGAGGAUCAAGGACCAGCAGCCGGAUUCAGAUAUGGAUCCAAAUUCCAGCGGAGAAGGAGUCAACUCUGUGUCAUCUUCCAUUAAAAGAGGCCUGUCAGUGGAUUCUGCCCAGGAAGUGAAACGCUUUAGGACGGCCACAGGAGCAAUCAGCGCAGUGUUUGGGAGGAGCCAGUCGCUGCCUGGAGCGGACUCCCUUCUUGCCAAGCCAAUUGAUAAACAGCACACGGACACCGUGGUGAACUUCCUCAUCCGAGUGGCUUGUCAGGUUAAUGACAACACCAACACUGCCGGGUCUCCUGGGGAGGUGCUUUCUCGCCGGUGUGUGACCCUCCUGAAAACUGCCUUGCGACCGGACAUGUGGUCCAAAUCUGAGCUCAAACUGCAGUGGUUCGACAAGCUGCUGAUGAGUGUGGAGCAGCCUAAUCAAGUGAACUAUGGAAAUAUUUGCACGGGCUUGGAAGUGCUGAGUUUCUUGCUCACUGUUCUCCAGUCUCCAGCCAUCCUCAGUAGCUUCAAACCCCUGCAGCGGAAUCGCUGCCUGUAUGACGAACCCAAACCACAGAGCCCAGUUCUGGCUUCUGUUUCAGGCACGUCCAGUGUGGCCUCCAAGUACGAAGAGCUGGAAUGCCUCUAUGCGGCCGUAGGGAAGGUCAUCUAUGAAGGACUCACCAACUAUGAGAAGGCCACCAACGCGAAUCCUUCCCAGCUCUUUGGGACCCUUAUGAUCCUCAAGUCUGCCUGCAGCAACAACCCGAGCUACAUAGACAGGCUGAUCUCGGUCUUCAUGCGCUCCCUGCAGAAGAUGGUCCGAGAGCACCUCAAUCCGCAGGCAGCCUCCGGCAGCACAGAGGCAACCUCAGGAACUAGUGAGCUGGUGAUGCUGAGUCUGGAGCUGGUGAAAACACGCCUGGCUGUGAUGAGCUUGGAGAUGAGGAAGAACUUUAUUCAAGCCAUCCUGACCUCCCUCAUUGAAAAAUCACUUGAUGCCAAAAUCCUCCGGGCUGUGGUUAAAAUUGUGGAAGAGUGGGUUAAAAAUAAUUCCCCAAUGGCAGCCAAUCAGACACCUACUCUCCGGGAGAAGUCCAUUUUGCUUGUGAAAAUGAUGACCUACAUAGAAAAGCGUUUUCCAGAAGACCUUGAGUUAAACGCACAGUUCUUAGACCUUGUUAACUAUGUCUACAGGGACGAGGCACUGUCUGGCAGUGAGCUGACUGCAAAACUCGAGCCUGCCUUUCUCUCUGGGCUGCGUUGUGCCCAGCCACUCAUCAGGGCGAAGUUUUUCGAGGUUUUUGACAACUCUAUGAAACGUCGGGUUUACGAGCGUCUGCUUUAUGUGACCUGCUCCCAGAAUUGGGAAGCCAUGGGGAACCACUUUUGGAUUAAGCAGUGCAUCGAGCUUCUCUUGGCCGUGUGUGAGAAGAGCACUCCCAUUGGUACCAGCUGCCAAGGAGCUAUGCUCCCGUCCAUCACCAAUGUCAUCAACCUGGCCGACAGCCAUGAUCGAGCAGCCUUUGCCAUGGUCACACAUGUCAAGCAGGAGCCUCGGGAGCGAGAGAACAGCGAGUCCAAAGAGGAGGAUGUUGAGAUAGAUAUUGAACUGGCUCCUGGAGAUCAGACCAGCACACCCAAAACCAAAGAACUUUCUGAAAAGGACAUUGGAAACCAGCUGCAUAUGUUAACCAACAGACAUGACAAAUUUCUUGAUACUCUCCGAGAAGUGAAGACCGGGGCCCUGCUCAGCGCCUUCGUCCAGCUGUGCCACAUUUCCACCACACUGGCCGAGAAGACCUGGGUCCAGCUUUUUCCCAGAUUGUGGAAAAUUCUGUCUGACCGACAGCAGCAUGCGCUAGCUGGUGAGAUUAGCCCGUUCCUGUGCAGUGGCAGUCACCAGGUGCAGCGGGAUUGUCAGCCCAGCGCACUGAACUGCUUCGUGGAAGCCAUGUCCCAGUGUGUCCCUCCGAUCCCCAUCAGACCCUGCGUUCUGAAGUACUUGGGGAAAACACACAACCUUUGGUUCCGCUCCACAUUAAUGCUAGAGCACCAGGCUUUUGAAAAAGGUCUGAGUCUGCAGAUUAAGCCAAAGCAAACAACGGAAUUUUAUGAGCAGGAGAGCAUAACUCCACCUCAGCAGGAGAUACUGGAUUCCCUUGCAGAACUUUACUCUUUGUUACAAGAGGAAGAUAUGUGGGCUGGUUUGUGGCAGAAGCGUUGCAAGUAUUCUGAGACAGCAACUGCUAUUGCUUACGAACAGCAUGGAUUCUUUGAGCAGGCACAAGAGUCCUAUGAGAAGGCAAUGGAUAAAGCCAAAAAAGAGCAUGAGAGGAGCAAUGCAUCCCCUGCUAUUUUCCCAGAAUACCAGCUCUGGGAGGACCACUGGAUUCGGUGCUCUAAGGAAUUGAACCAGUGGGAAGCCUUGACGGAGUACGGCCAGUCCAAAGGUCACAUAAACCCUUACCUCGUCCUGGAGUGUGCUUGGCGCGUGUCUAACUGGACAGCCAUGAAGGAGGCGUUGGUGCAGGUAGAAGUAAGUUGUCCCAAGGAGAUGGCUUGGAAGGUCAACAUGUACCGCGGAUACUUGGCUAUCUGCCAUCCUGAGGAGCAACAGCUCAGCUUCAUCGAACGCCUGGUGGAAAUGGCCAGCAGCUUGGCCAUCCGUGAGUGGCGGCGCUUGCCUCAUGUGGUGUCCCAUGUGCACACGCCUCUUCUCCAGGCCGCCCAGCAAAUCAUUGAACUUCAGGAAGCUGCGCAAAUAAAUGCAGGUUUACAGCCGACCAACCUGGGAAGGAACAACAGCCUGCACGACAUGAAGACGGUGGUAAAGACCUGGAGGAACAGGCUGCCCAUUGUGUCCGACGACUUGUCCCACUGGAGCAGCGUCUUCAUGUGGCGGCAGCAUCAUUACCAGGCUAUUGUAACUGCGUAUGAAAAUAGUUCUCAGCAUGAUCCAAGUUCCAAUAAUGCUAUGCUUGGAGUUCAUGCCUCAGCUUCAGCAAUCAUCCAGUAUGGAAAGAUUGCCCGGAAACAAGGACUGGUCAAUGUAGCUCUGGAUAUAUUAAGUCGUAUUCAUACUAUUCCAACUGUUCCUAUCGUGGAUUGCUUCCAGAAGAUCCGACAGCAAGUCAAAUGCUACCUCCAACUGGCCGGAGUCAUGGGGAAAAACGAGUGUAUGCAGGGACUUGAAGUUAUAGAAUCUACAAACUUAAAAUACUUCACAAAAGAGAUGACAGCUGAAUUUUAUGCACUGAAGGGAAUGUUCUUGGCUCAGAUUAACAAGUCUGAGGAAGCAAACAAAGCCUUUUCUGCAGCUGUGCAGAUGCAUGAUGUGCUGGUGAAGGCUUGGGCCAUGUGGGGCGAUUACCUGGAGAACAUCUUCGUGAAGGAGCGGCAGCUGCAUCUCGGAGUGUCUGCCAUUACCUGUUACCUGCAUGCAUGCCGGCAUCAGAACGAGAGCAAAUCAAGGAAAUACUUAGCCAAGGUGCUGUGGCUUUUAAGUUUCGAUGAUGAUAAAAACACUUUGGCAGAUGCCGUCGACAAGUACUGCAUUGGUGUGCCACCCAUCCAGUGGCUGGCCUGGAUCCCGCAGCUGCUCACCUGCCUGGUGGGCUCAGAAGGAAAGCUGCUUUUGAACCUCAUCAGCCAGGUCGGACGCGUGUAUCCCCAGGCAGUCUACUUUCCCAUCCGGACCCUGUACCUGACUCUGAAAAUAGAGCAGCGGGAACGCUACAAGAGUGAUCCAGGGCCCAUAAGAGCAACAGCACCCAUGUGGCGCUGCAGCCGAAUCAUGCACAUGCAGCGGGAACUGCACCCAACCCUUCUGUCUUCCCUGGAAGGCAUCGUCGAUCAGAUGGUCUGGUUCCGAGAAAACUGGCACGAAGAGGUUCUCAGGCAGCUCCAACAGGGCCUGGCAAAAUGCUACUCUGUCGCAUUUGAGAAAAGCGGAGCGGUGUCCGAUGCCAAAAUCACCCCCCACACUCUGAACUUCGUCAAGAAGCUGGUGAGCACGUUCGGGGUGGGCCUGGAGAACGUCUCCAACGUCUCCACCAUGUUCUCCAGCGCGGCCUCCGAGUCCCUAGCCAGGCGGGCACAGGCCACUGCGCAGGACCCUGUCUUCCAGAAGCUGAAGGGCCAGUUCACCACCGAUUUUGACUUCAGUGUUCCAGGAUCCAUGAAGCUUCAUAACCUCAUUUCUAAAUUGAAAAAGUGGAUCAAAAUUCUGGAGGCCAAAACCAAGCAACUUCCAAAAUUCUUCCUCAUAGAAGAAAAGUGUCGGUUUUUGAGCAAUUUCUCCGCGCAGACAGCUGAAGUGGAAAUCCCAGGGGAGUUCCUGAUGCCAAAGCCGACGCACUAUUAUAUCAAGAUCGCUCGGUUUAUGCCCAGGGUGGAAAUUGUGCAGAAGCACAACACCGCAGCCAGGAGGCUGUACAUCCGCGGGCACAACGGCAAGAUCUACCCGUACCUGGUCAUGAACGACGCCUGCCUGACAGAGUCGCGGAGGGAGGAGCGCGUGCUGCAGCUGCUUCGCCUGCUGAACCCCUGCUUAGAGAAGAGAAAGGAAACCACAAAGAGGCACUUAUUUUUCACAGUUCCGCGAGUUGUGGCGGUGUCUCCACAGAUGCGCCUCGUGGAAGACAACCCCUCUUCUCUUUCCCUCGUGGAGAUCUACAAGCAGCGCUGUGCCAAGAAGGGCAUCGAGCAUGACAACCCCAUCUCGCGCUACUACGAUAGGCUGGCCACGGUGCAGGCGCGUGGGACGCAAGCCAGCCACCAGGUCCUUCGAGACAUCCUCAAGGAAGUGCAGAGCAACAUGGUGCCGCGCAGCAUGCUGAAGGAGUGGGCUCUGCACACCUUCCCCAACGCCACCGACUACUGGACGUUCCGGAAGAUGCUCACCAUCCAGCUCGCACUGAUUGGCUUCGCGGAGUUCGUCCUGCAUUUAAAUCGGCUCAACCCCGAGAUGUUACAGAUCGCCCAGGACACUGGCAAACUGAACGUUGCCUACUUCCGCUUUGAUAUAAACGACGCGACUGGAGACCUAGAUGCCAACCGUCCUGUUCCUUUUCGCCUCACGCCCAAUAUUUCUGAAUUUCUGACCACCAUCGGCGUCUCUGGCCCCUUGACCGCCUCCAUGAUUGCUGUUGCCCGGUGCUUUGCUCAGCCAAACUUUAAGGUGGACGGCAUCCUGAAAACUGUGCUUCGGGACGAGAUCAUCGCUUGGCACAAAAAGACACAGGAGGACACCUCUUCUCCUCUCUCGGCCGCCGGGCAGCCCGAGAACAUGGACAGUCAGCAGCUGGUCUCCCUGGUGCAGAAAGCUGUCACCGCCAUCAUGACCCGCCUGCACAACCUCGCCCAGUUUGAAGGCGGGGAGAGCAAAGUGAACACCCUGGUGGCCGCCGCCAACAGCCUGGACAACCUGUGCCGCAUGGACCCCGCCUGGCACCCCUGGCUGUGACACGGCCACUCCCACCUCGCAGGUGAAGGCCGCCGCCCAGGCUCCCGCACUGGCCUCCCCGCGCCUCCUCUGCCCUGUCCAUGUGAUGCUGGGUCCUCCAGGCUUCCGCGGUACAGUCGUGUCCCUGCUCGCUGUGUGAGAAAGAGGGUGAGUCAGGGUAGGGGGAGCUGAGCCAUGGAGGUGAGGCCACUUGAAAUGCUGGAGCUGAAACUCGAAGCUUUUAAAAUAACCUUUCAGGAAACCAAGAUUCCCUGGCCUGGAGUAGGUGAAAGCAUCGCCCCUCCGUCUGCGGGCGGACAGACUGAGCUGUAGGAAACAGUUCGGAACGUCCUUUUUAACUUUCAGAAGUCACGCCUGGCGGGAGCUGGUGCUCUGUACAGACCUUUGUAACAGCUGCACAGAAACCCGCCUGGUUAGAGCCACGGGAAUUAUGAACACACCCUGCUGGCUUCACCCCAGCACAAACUUCCAUGCUGCAUGGCCAGCACUGGGAACCUCCGAGCCCCGGGGGAGCCGGCAGGUGACUUCCGCUUUAUGUCGGCCAGCUCUUUGAAUGUCUUCUAGACACUUACUAUCAUUGUACCUGAAAAAAAAAAAAUCACUUCUUCCUAAUUUAAAAAGAAGCGGCAACAGAAGUUUGUUAGCUCAUCUGUGUUCCCAUUUUUAUAAAUAUGAGUAUUGAGAAUGUUCUAUCUAAAUUUGUACAGUGUGAUUUUUUUAGAAUAAAUAUUUUAUAAAAGGA